AUGGCCUCUUUCCUUCCCGUCAACACCUCGGCCGCGACCGAUGACCACGCCAUGGACGGUGCGACAACCCCCCGUGCGAAUCCCAAUGGCGUGCCGCCCCCCUCAGAUCGAUCCUCCCCCGCGGACCAACACCCGGAUACCGGUGCAAAGUCAAGUCGAAGCGAUGGCUCUACGCGGGCACCAGUCUCGGGUCACUCUCGAACCGCCUCGAGUAUUUCGGAUGAUGCGAUGAAUGUCGACUCGGAUGGAGAACGGGAUGGAUCUGAUCAAGAGACCGAACCGGGCGGUGCGCCUCCGUCGAAAAAGAAGAAGGGACAGCGUUUCUUCUGCACGGAUUUUCCUCCUUGCAACCUCAGCUUCACACGCAGCGAGCAUCUGGCUCGACAUAUUCGGAAGCAUACGGGUGAACGGCCCUUUCAAUGUCACUGUUCCCGACGGUUCUCGCGACUGGAUAAUUUACGGCAACAUGCGCAAACGGUGCAUGUCAAUGAAGAGAUCCCCGGAGAUUCGCUGGCAGCUACGGGCACUCGGUUCCAACGCCAGGUGCGGACGGAUCGAGUGCGCCCGACUGGCCGGGCUCGUGCUGGGACUGGAGGGAGCCAGGGUGCCCAUAGCCGUGGACAUAGCAGGAAUUUGUCGACCUCCAGUAUCGCAUCUACGACGUCCACCUUUAGCCAACCCCCGGAGCUUCGGCGACGACCCCCGCCACUGAUCAUGGCCAACGACCCUACCAGCCGGGCACGCCUGGGACUGGAUCCGAUGGGAGAGCCUCCGAGUACGCCGCCAGGCCAGAUUCGUGGAAUUCCUGGCCCCUCGGCUGGUGGGUCGCCUUAUACUCCGUCUAAUGUCUACACUGGUGGCCCGACGGCUAGCCCCCAAUAUACCUCUCCCAUGUCGUCCGCAACACAUAGCUUCUGGGAAGGCAAGACCGCCGCUCGCCGACUGUCCGUGCCAACCAGCAGCAAUCCGUUCCUCGCACAGCAUGGUGGUGCAUAUCCCCCACCAUAUGGCUCGCCCGCUGGCCAUCCAUACCCGAAUGCAGCCGGUGUCUUUGCAAGCCCCACUAGUACAAACUACCCUGCAUCUCGGGACGAGAGCACCCUCAGCGCCGCCGAGGCUGAGAUGCGGAGGCGAACGUGGCAUCCCUCGACAUAUCCCGUAUUUGGCCGGCCAUCUACAAGCGGGUUAAGCCAAUAUCACACGCCUGAUACCGUUCAGGGACCGCCUUUGAUGGGAGGAAACAACUCUGCAGAGCAACCGCCCCGGCUACCCGGAAUUGAGAGUUUUGACAAAGUCGUGUCUCAGCACCGCCCUCUGACUCCGCCCACCCGCAAAGCGAGCCCCAUGCAGAUCGACAAUCAAUACCGACCCCCUCCACCACCACCAAACCAUAAUUUUGGUUCUGGCUACAACUACGGCGCUCCAUCAGUGCGCCCAGCGCCUCCAAUUUCGGGGCCCGGUCACCGUCGCGGCCACGUGUCGUGGGACAUGUCCCUGCAUCACAAUCUCACUGGACUCGACAUUCGAGACCGACGGGCGUCUCGGGAUGCCAGCCAAUGGAGUCAACAGACUAUUGCUGAAAUUCAAAACGUCUCUUCCCGCCCUUCGUCCUCGUAUCAGCCAACAUUCCCGCCCACCGUUGAGCGUAGCCCAGAAGAGCAUCGGGGCCAUACGUCGAAUCUCUCAACGAGCAGUCGCCCGGCGCAGACAUCACCCGAAGACUCUAGCAGCAGCGAGGGAGUUCACACUCCGUCCACAGCCUCGGUCGAGUACCACCCUGCCAUUGUGCAUAGCAGUGGAUAUAUUGAAUCGCACGACUCCUCGUUACCAUCCGAGCAUCCUCAACCGAUCUGUGGGCGACAAGCCUCUCACGCCGACGGCUACCCGGGACACGCCGAGCAAGAGCCCCGACCCGAUGUAUAUUCUGACUCGUCUGCACGAGACAGCGGUAUGGGCCGGCUCGAGGCCCUGGUUGCCGUCGCAACGAGUGAGAACAAAGGUGCCGCCAGAUUGUUCUUGUAA